CGCUGCCUUCUUUGCCACCCACACUCUCCAUUCUCAACUCUCCACAACUCUACUACCACCAUCCCCAACGCCAAGUCCGUAUUUCCGAUCGGACGGUGCCGGAAACAUCAGCGAUGGGCCCACCGAAGAACGCGGUCCGUUCGAUCUCUCAGGAGGCCUUCGACGAGGUGGUGAAGGAGAACAUGGACGAUCUCGGCAUGGACCCCACCGAGGCCCUCCAAGAUGCCAUCCAAACCCUAACUCUCCAGGGCGUUGAUCUCUCUGGGAUUGUCACCUGUGUCCCGGGAGAGGGUAGUGUGAAGGACAACCCUGUGAUACAUUGUUUGGAUAGAUUGAACCAGUUGAAUGCCGGUCCAAGCAAUCAAAUCGACGAUGAGACGGUGGAGUUACUUAAUAAACUUACAGAGCUCUGUAAUUCCGAAGGUUCUGGAAAUGCAGCAAUUGCCUCUAGAAAUGGAGGGGUUGAAAUAAUUUGUUCUAUAUGUUCUAAGGUUCAAAAGGGGUGCGAACAUGCUAUUGUUUCGGCUUUGAAGGCAUUGGCUUUUUUGCUUCAUGAUUUACAAAGUAGAGAAACGUUUAGGGCAAGUGAUGGACCAAAGCUUGUUGUGGGUAGUAUAACUGAUGGAUUUGAGAAUAUAGACAUAUUGAGUAGUGGUUUUGCUGUCAUUGCUGCGGCUGCAACGGGUAAUGAGGUUCUAAAAGAGCUAUUCGUAGAGCUGAAGAUUGAGGAGCUCAUUCUGCGAGUAUUGAGUGUAAAAAGGGAAGCCAGCAUUCAGAGCGUAUAUGAUGCUAUAUGGGUUCUCUUAACACCUGAUGAUAAUCGCGUUUUGGCUUCGCAAGUCUUUGGUUAUGCCCGGAAAUUUGCCAAAAUUGGAAUUGCCAGAGCUCUAGUUGACUCAAUACGUGCAGGGCUUAGCUCAUCUAGUCUUGUUUCAGCAAGCAUCGCUUUGAAGGCUGUUGCUGUCAAUGAUGAAAUAUGCACCUCCAUUUCCGAAAAUGGUGGAGUUGAUGCUGUUCUCGUAUGUAUUGAUGACAGCAGUGAACAAGGCAACAAGACCGUUGCUAAAGUUUGCUGUUCUUUGCUCUGCAAGUUGGCAGGAAGUGACGCAAAUAAGACAGCCAUUGUUGAGAAGAAGGGUAUGGAUAGGCUAAUUAAACUGUCGGCUAGAUUUUUUGAUGACCCAUCUGUCCUGCAAGAGAUCAUGGCUGUUAUUUCUGUACUCUCCUUAAGGUCCCCAGAAAAUGCUGCACGUGCCAUUGAAGCUGGGGCUGGAGAACUUGCCCUACAAGCUAUGCAGAAGUUUCCUGCAGCACAGCAAAUGCAGAAGAAUUCCUGUCUCAUGAUCCGGAAUCUGGUAGCAAGAAAUGCAGCCAACAGAACUCUUCUGCUCAAUAGCGGUGUUGAGAAACACAUAAGGGUGGCCAAGCAAAACCAUGUAAGUUGUAAGGAAGCCGCUACUGACGCACUAAGGGAUCUCGGACUUGAUGAUUACAACGUUUGAAUUUUCAGAGUGGAUAUACUCCGUUCCCUUGAACCCAGUGGCGGAUCCAAGGUUACGUGCCCAAGGAGGCUUAGUGUAAAAGUUCCAA